UUCAACCAUACUUUCCUUAAGUGUACAGUGGCUGCAAGAAACCCCUGCUUUUGCUACCCCCGCAAAAUUUGGCAUUUUGGCCUAAUCUACAGCAAAGCUUGUCCUCUCUUUAUUCGCAGUAUGAUUCCUCUGCUACUUUUAGAAAAUAUGGGUAUGGGGCAUUUCAUCAUUUUUUCCUGCUCUUAAAGCAACAAAUAAUAAACUAAAAAUCCCCACAACCCAAACCCUUCUCGCUUCUUCACCAUCCAAAGUUGAGAGCUUUUUCUUGGAUUUCUCCAUCCUAAUCCGUAUCGGUAUGCACCCGCCUCUCCCUUUUUUAUUCCAUACUCAUUUUGCAGUUAUUUUUUUAAGCUGCUGAGAGAGCACAUACAGAUUCAGUUAUUGUUUAUGAUUAUCGAAGAAUCUGGCAGGAAAAGACUAAAUCUGGGGGGUAUUUUUGCCUGAUUAUGCUUAAGAUGAGGGAGUUUCCUUCUUGUUUCGGCGAAAACGGGGUUCAAGUUGCCGAUACUUCAUGUUCAAGUAUUUCUGGGGUCAAUAAAACUCCUCAAAAUUUAGUUACCUGCGUUUACCAGUGUAGAAUUCUCCAUAAAAUCUGUUCGGUGACGAUUUCAUGGAGCAAGAAUUUGAUGGGUCAAUGCCUUAGUGUAGGGAUAGACGAUUCCUCUCACCAUUGCCUUUGUAAAGUUGAUGUUAAGCCUUCUUUGUUCUCAAAACGAAAAGGGUCAAAGUCCUUAGAAGUGAGCUCAUGUAGAAUCGAUCUCUAUUGGGAUCUAUCAGGGGCGAAGUUUGGAUCCGGCCCGGAACCUUCUGAAGGGUAUUACAUAGCUUUAGUGUGUAAUGGGGAUAUGGCUUUGGUUAUUGGGGAUAUGAGGAAAGAGGCAUUCAAGAAGACUAAUGCAAAUGCCACUUUUCCUAAUGCCUUGUUAGUAUCGAAGAAGGAACAUGUUUUUGGGAAAAGGGUGUUUGGGACAAAGGUUAAGUUUUGGGAUGGUGGUCCAGUACAUGACCUUAUGAUCGAGUGUGAUACAAAUGGGGUUGAUGACCGAUCCCUUUAUGUCCGUGUUGAUAGUAAGACUGUGAUGCAAGUGAGGCAUUUGUUCUGGAAGUUCCGUGGGAACUAUACGAUUUUGGUUGAUGGGCUUCCGGUUGAAGUUUUCUGGGAUGUCCAUAAAUGGCUGUUUGGUGGGACCAACUUUGGCAAUGCGGCGGUUUUCAUGUUCCAAACAUGUUCUUCGGCUGAGAAGUUGUGGAAAGGGAAGUCGCUAUCAGAUGAUUCUGUGUUGGCUUGGCCUUCUUACUCGGAGAGUUCCAAGUCUCCAGGUCUUGGUUUUUCUUUAGUGUUAUAUGCUUGGAAGAAUGAGUAGAGGUUUUGUCUACUUGAUCACUAAUUAAGUUAUCAAUCAAGGUUGUUAUUUUUCUACGAAUGGAGUAAUUCGCCUAAAAACCUUUUUUAUAAUUCAGUUACAUUUUCCUGUAGUAGAGUGUACAUUAGGCAUGUGAUGGUGAAGGAUAACAGGAAUGAAACUUUUGUUAAAGAAAGUUUGUGGUUUGUGAUUUCUUUAUAGUGGUUGUGGUUGCUUCAUUUUGUUGAAGAUCCAUCUAUGUAUGGUGUUCAAGGCAAUGAUCAGGCUCCCACCUAUGGUUGGAUAAGGGGAGUUGGAUGUACGAGCCUUACUCCUGUACUAAAGCACAUAAAGACUGUUUCCGGAUGAUCCAAGAUGAAAAUCGCGUCAAAAAUUGCAUGGACUGACUGCUGCAUCAUAACAAAGAAGCGCAGACAAUUUAGUGGAAUUAUACAAGCUAGUUGAAACACAUUAAUACUACGUUUAGUUCAACCAUAACCUGAUCUUGAAGAUGAUGAAAUCUUCAUUGAAAGAUAGAGACAAUGUCUCAAUUGGGACAUUAUCAUCAUCUUCGUGUGAGAGGUCUCAAGUUGAUCAAGAGAUGCAAUCCAAUGCAACAAGCACUUGUGGCAAUGAUGGAGAAGUCACUGAGGGACGUUUGUACACUUUCUUGCCUGAAUUUAACAUGCUUCUCAUCCGCCAGAUUAUGGCAGAAGCAUUGGGGACGUACAUGAUAGUGUUUUGUAUAUGUGGGAUAAUAUCAAACCUAAAGCUGAUGGGAGUACAAGUUGGGCUGUUGGAAUAUGCAGCCACUGCUAGUCUUACUGUAGUAGUUGUAAUCUUCUCCAUUGGGCCUAUUUCUGGAGCACAUUUGAAUCCUUCUGUUACCCUUGCUUUUGCAGCAAUUGGCCCUUUUCCUUGGCCCAAGGUGCCCCUUUAUAUCAUUGCACAAUUGGGAGGUUCUAUAUUAGCCGCAGUAUCAGGAAGAUUGAUGUAUGGAGUUGGGUAUGAGCAUAUGAUGACAAGACCACUCCAUGGAUGUUAUGCAACAUUUUGGGUGGAAUUCUUGGCAACCUUCAUAAUUCUGUUCGUUGCUUCAGCUUUAUCUAAUGAUCCUCAAUUUGCAGGGAAAUUGGGUGGAUUUAUUGUUGGAGCAUCCAUUGGUUUGGGAGUGCUAAUCACCGGGCCAGUUUCGGGCGGGUCAAUGAACCCAGCAAGAUCAUUAGGGCCGGCAAUUGCUUCAUGGAGUUUUGACAAAUAUUUGUGGAUUUAUGUUGUUUCACCGACAUUAGGAGCCAUUGUUGGCGUAUUCGUUUACCGUCUUCUACGACUUCAAGGAUGGUCUUGCGAGCUUCCCGAUGCUUCUUCUAUACUUAAGUAACAGUCAUUUGAUUAAAUGUGAUUGUCUUAGGGGCAAAUGAGUCCUAGACAACUUGAGAAAUGGUUAUGACUGGCAAUGUCGGAGUCAUAAAAUUGAUCGUGAGGGUUGAAACUUAACUAAGUACAUAUAAAAAUGGUUGAUCGUUUUUAAACAAUAUAUGAGCCGAAUGUUUCAUAUGUAGCUUAGAUAAUGAUAGUUUAAAUGAGAUUAAUAGAGUUACAAGUUUAGUACACAUGUCAUAUACAUUAUAAUUUUUACAUAACUAAUGAGAGUAUAAG